AUGGUAAGCAUAAGUCCUGAUGUUGAAUAUCUUCGAGAACGAUACAAUAUUGGCAAGAAUAAUAGCUAUGAGCUUAUAAUUCAAUAUCACACAGUACUUCAGGAUGGUACUAUAUUAACAAAAGACGAAACUCAAAUUGAACCUAUGGUUCAAAUUAAUUUUAAUAUUGAUCUACAAUAUCCUUAUUUUACAUUAAUUAUGGUUGAUCCGGAUGCUCCUCAACGAGGUAAUGAACAUGCUGGUCCAUGGUUACAUUGGAUUCAUUCUGGUUUUAUAGGAAAUGAUUUAAGCCAGGGUAGAACUCUUGGUAUAUUAUUUUCAUAUUUAUAG